AUACCUAAUGCACCUACGCGCUUUCGUAGUUCGUCGUCCCUAUUGUUUUCUAUGUAUAGACAGCUGUCGACGAUCGUUCAUUUUCAGCUGAUUUUUGUGUACGCUUUGUAUAAGCGUUGGAGAUUCAUAAUAAUACCAAAAUAAACCAUUAGAAAAGUGUUUUGGAUUACCUUACAUAGAAAAUCCCUAAAAGAAGUGUGUUGUUGGCACAAGCGAGAAAGCCUUUGUAAAAGAACAAAGAGUGAUGGUGAAUUGAGUGCGAGUGAAGAGCAGCGGGCGUGACGUCACGCGCGGACGAGGCCGAUGCGGCGGGGAUCGUGACCGGAGGCGCGCGGCGAGCACGCGCAGCCAGCCUGGCCUCCAGUGACUCGGGAGACGAGGGCCAACGGCCGCCGCGCAAGCGCUCGCGGAGGCAGUCGCCACCACCGAACAUGCACCAACCAUGCACGAACGGGGCGCACCUCAACGGGGAUUCUGUGCGCAAUGGGGACCUGGCUCCCGCACUGCAGAUGCCCACUACUGACCAAGAAAUUGUCCGACUCAUUGGACAGCACUUGGUCUCUGUUGGACUUGAACGUAGCGCGACCCUCCUGAUGGAGGAGUCGGGGCUGCAUCUGGAACACCCGGCGGCAGCAACGUUUCGGCAGCACGUGCUGGCUGGUGACUGGGUCAAGGCCGACCAUGAUCUGCGCGCGCUGCACGACCUGUUACGUGACUCACCGCAUCGCGACACACACAAUCUCUCCGAGAUGAAGUUCGUGGUGCUAGAGCAAAAGUAUCUAGAGCAUCUCGAGGCAGGGCGCGUGCUGGAUGCGUUGCACGUGCUGCGGAACGAAUUGACACCCCUGCAGCAUGACACGCCGCGCGUGCACAGAUUGUCCGCGCUCAUGAUGUGUGCCGACGCAGGCGAGCUACGGGCGAGAGCGCAGUGGGCCGGUGGUUCCGCCUCGCGUGCCGCGGUGUUGGCCCGCGUGCAGGCCGUCCUUCCGCCCGCGCUCAUGAUGCCGCCCGCCCGCCUUCGUGCGCUACUCGCUCAGGCUGCCGCCCUACAAGCGCAGCGCUGCCGUUUCCACGCCGCCCCGCGACCCUCGCCAGACCAAACCGAUCACAUCCCCUUCUCUCUACUCGCCGACCAUCAAUGCUCGGCUGACCAGUUCCCGAUACACUCUUUACAGGUACUAAACGAGCACUGUGACGAAGUAUGGUACUGUAAGUGGUCUCCGGAUGGAUCCAAAUUGGCAUCAGGUUCUAAGGACCACACGGUCAUGAUAUGGGACUUUGAUCCUGUAGCCAGGAGACUUUCCUUCAGGAAAUCACUGGAGGGUCACUUGUACGGAGUGUCAUAUCUAUCGUGGAGUCCCGAUGGCCGCUACCUCAUCGCCGUUGGGCCGGAAGACUGCCCCGAUUUGUGGAUAUGGAACAUGGAGACGGAACAGCUUCACCUGAAGAUGACUCACUCCCAAGAGGAUUCCCUAACGGCGGUGGCGUGGCACGCGACUUCUGACAAAUUUGUAUGCGGCGGUGCACGGGGCCAGUUCUACCAUUGCACACUCGAUGGCACUUUAAUAAACAACUGGGAUGGUGUACGUGUGAACGCGCUGGCAUGUCGUGCUGAUGGCGCUGUACUCGCAGCUGAUACUCAUCACCGCGUCAGGGCCUACUAUUUCGCAGACCUCACUGAUAGGAACCUGAUCCAAGAGGAACACGCGGUUAUGGCGAUGACCUUAAAUGCGGCGGAUACUCUGCUUUUGCUCAACGUCGCCAACCAGGGCGUACAUCUUUGGGACGUCCGUGCGCGUGCGCUGGUACGUCGAUUCCGUGGUCUGUCCCAGGGCCACUUCACCAUCCACGCCUGCUUUGGCGGAGCGCACCAGGACUUCGUCGCCUCUGGCAGUGAAGACAAUAAGGUGUACAUCUGGCAGAUAGAACACGAAGAACCGGUUGCGGUUCUUGCAGGGCACACACGCUGCGUCAACGCCGUGGCUUGGAACCCUGUUCACCACGACGUGCUGGUGUCAGCCUCUGACGACUACUCACUGCGCCUAUGGGGACCACGCCCUCACUAAUGACACGUAUUCUGCUAUUCCCCUCGAUACCUUUAUCAUUAUUAUGACAAUUUACAUAACCAUAA